AUGCGCAACGUCGUCAUCCUCCGAAGCUCGUUCGCAGCCCUAGCGGCCAUGGCUCAAUUUUCGAUGGGCCCGAGUCCAGAGAAGACGACUGGAGGACCGCCGGACCUGACUACCAAAGUUCGCAACGCCUCCAUCCUCUUCCAGAACUCGUUCGCAGCCACGGUGGUCGUGGCUCAACAAGAAGACGAUAGCGACUCCGACGGGUCCGGUGGGGGUUUCGAACAUGAGAAAUACAAGAGAGGCGCUGGAAGAAAUCCAACGAGACACCCUCUCGUUUCCUCACACUCGACUCCUGCGAUCACCAAGAUCAAGGGAAGCAGGGACAGACAUUAUAGGCAGAAGGGCAGUGGCGGCGCGCUCUCACCGGAUGAUACCGGCUACGGCAGAGGCGGUAGCACCAGCAGCGGCCGUUCGGACAGUUACGGUCGCGGCGGAUACUAG